AUGGAGAGCGAAACCCUAAUUGAAUCGGCGAUUAGGGUUCUUAACACAUCCGAUCCGUACGAAAAAGCCCGUCUUGGCGAUUCGAUUGCCGUCAAAUGGCUCGAAGGUGCCAUCACCGAACCCUACGAUCCCACCGUCGAUCUCCCCGUCCCGGACAAGCCGGCUCGUCUCACCAACGUUAAAUUGGUGUCUCCGAGUUUGAUGCCGAAACUGGGAAAAGCUGGUAGCUUACAAAGCAGGCAAGCGAUUGUUCAUAGUCUUGUUCAUAUUGAAAGCUGGGCAGUUGACUUAUCCUGGGAUAUAAUUGCUCGUUUUGGCAAGCAAGAGAAGAUGCCGAGAGACUUCUUUACGGAUUUUGUUCGAGUAGCUCAGGACGAAGGCCGUCAUUUCACUUUGCUUGCAGCUAGGCUUAAGGAACUCGGUUCUCUUUACGGUGCAUUGCCUGCUCAUGACGGUCUUUGGGACUCUGCAACCGCUACAUCUCAGGAUCUUUUGGCGCGUUUGGCUAUAGAGCAUUGUGUUCACGAGGCUAGGGGGCUUGAUGUAUUGCCCACCACGAUAUCCCGGUUUAGGAAUGGAGGCGAUGAGGAGACAGCAGAUUUACUGGAGAAGGUUGUGUACCCUGAAGAAAUCACUCACUGUGCAGCUGGAGUAAAAUGGUUCAAGUAUCUAUGUGAGCGGUCCAAGCAUCCGGAAUUCACCAUCAACAGCAAAGAAUCAGAUGACAACAAUGAAGAGAUAAUUGACAAGUUUCAUUCGGUAGUUAGGGAGCAUUUCAGAGGACUGUUGAAACCGCCUUUUAAUGCACAAGCAAGAGAAGCUGCAGGAUUUGGCCCUCGAUGGUAUGAACCUCUUGCGGUCAAAGAGACCAAUGCCUAG